GCUCACUGUCACGAGAAAGUAAGCUGUGUAGUCGUCGGGCUCGCGUCGUGCGAAGAGGAACAGGAGGAGUUUCUGUCUGUCUGGCUCUUGUGCGAAGAGGAAGACCACGAGAAAGAGCGCACUGUUCAAGAAAAGAGAUGAAACAAAAACAAAGAAGAACCCACCGUGUAAGGAAGGACCGACGUGGUCAGGCGCCAAGCCACGCGUCUACCACACGUAGGCUUUUCCGCUAUUGAUAAUCACGUUGCAAAAAAGUGGACUCUUCGAUGCUCGCAGUUUUUGUCGUGACUCGUUUGCGAUUAUCGUAACACUCGGAUGCAACCAGCGUGAGAAAGCCAAACACGAGAAGCCCCAGCAAGUGGCGUGCUCUGCAUGAUCGCAAGGGCCCGAAAUUUGUGUAAUCACGAGGAGGAGGGCAGAGGUACAAAUUCAAUGUUAACCACCGCUGGUAAAAAAUAGUACCCGUAGUCAACUUUUAGAUAUUUCGUGAAACCUCCUGCUGCAAGCUCUAGAACGCCACGUCCACCGUUAAUCGAACGAGUACGACAUACUUCCUAAGUUCAUUGCUAGCCGAUUGCUGUCACACUGCCUCACUUCUCUAAUACGAUGCCGCCGUAUACGUAUCGUUGCCGGAGUGUCGGGACGGAGCGGGGGUAUCCCCACUACGACGUCGCCGAUACCUCGAGAAAGCAUCAGGAGCUCGGUGUGCGGGCAGAGAAUCGUGUCCUCGGGGGACACCAAGUGGCAGUUGAGAAGGCGAUCCGUAACACAUGCAAGAAUCCGUGGUGGCAUACUCGGAGCCAGCGGCGACCAGGAAAUCCAAACGGAAUUGCGGCAUCUUUAGCCCCGUUUUGCGACAAUCCCAGCGAAGUCGUGGUAGAAGGCAAACGAACCCUGGAAGUCACGCCCAGGUUUCUAAGUUACUUCGCAUUCUUUAUUAACACAAACAGCAGAGCACCUGAUUUGGCAGAUUCUCGCACUCAAACUCAACACCCGCGUGCAGCCCGAUACCACUCGAGCUCAGGCUCAAACUCAAAGGGCUGAAACCCAAACCAAAGUAGACAAGGAGUGCGAGUGCAACGGGACAAACUCAAAACCGAACCUGGAGCUCGAUCUACUCAAACUUAGAACUCAUGUUAAAAAUCAAACACAGAGGCAAAAGCCAAGCCGUGACUCAAACUCAGAACCAUUUAUGGAACUCAUCAGAGGAAAGUUCGAGCUCAAAAUUGAAGCUAAUGCUCGAAAUCGCGACGGCUUUAUUUUGAUUUUUGUACAUCUGUAAAACAUUUUAUGAUAACAAGCACAGAAUUUGACGAGACGGGAAAAACAACAAUUCAGGUGGGCGGGAGAGACGAAAAACACGAAGGCACCCAGGUGGCAAUGUCGUGUGGACGAUCGACCAAACGACGACCCAGUGCGAGAGUUCAAAAGAGGUCCAUUCUACGAAAAGACGAUCGACCGGCUUCGCCACCACGAGCGCCAAUAUGAUGACCACCGUAGAAAAACAUUUUUUUUUUGUGUUGUAAUUGCGCUAGGCACGCAUAGCAGGUACCCUGUCAACACCUCCACGCUCUUUGCAAAUUCAUUAUCGUCGUGUCAUGAUUUAGUCGAACAAGUAUCAGCUUGUCGAUGUGUAGAUGGAUAGAAUUCGGAUGCCUGAGGACGUAUAGGUAGAUCGCAGUGGCAGUAGGAUAGAUCGAAGACCAACAUGAAUUUUACAGCAACCCGCGACUUUGGCUACAUGGGAAACUUCGAGCGUAAUGGUACUAUUUACCGGGAUUACGGAAAAGGAUGCUACCAAGGUGCACGGGAAAAUAACAUCGGCUGUGCCAAAAAAUGGCCGUGGUUGAAGACCUAUCAACUGCAACCGGAGCCGAAACCGGGCCGGAUCGACGAAUUUUUUGGAACACGGUAAGAGCAGAAGGUGCUUUACAUCGAGUCGCUUUAGUACACGCUAACAUCGUGGCUGUGAACGUUGUAUAAUGCAGUGAAAUCGCCGUUGCGGCAAACAAUAGCGUUACAACCAGGGUGCUUUCUUGACAGUGAAGAGACCUUUCCACGACUGUCACUGUCAUAGUGAUACUUCUCUGAUCACUUGUAUGAUUCACGAUUUGUUGUACACUAUUUUGAUUGUAGAUAUAGUAAGUGGGGCUCAUCGAUGGUAAUGCGGUGUGUCUUGUCUAUUAUUAAAAUUGGGAUUCGAAGACUCAUUUAUUUUGAAACUAAUUUUGUUAGCAAAAACACACACUAGAGCUGCGCCGUUAUGGCGAAAAUGUAGCCAAGAACAGGUGUGUUCGCACUCCUUGAAGAUGCGGACCAAACUGCUCUAGCGAUGGCAUAUUGAAA